ACCUCCCAUCCCCCCCAUCCCCCCUCCAUCUCCCUCAGCGGAUGUUGCCGUCUGGUUGCCGUCGUAUGCUUUUGCCUGGUAAACAUGACAGCUGUUGAAUGGGAAGAAGUGAAAAGGCUGGCCGCUGGCUUCCAGCGAGCCCAGCUCAUCUCCACAACUCAACGACUGUCAGAACGAAACUGUGUCGAACUAAUGACCAAAUUGGUGGAUAUGAAAUUAAUAGACAUUAUUUUCACAAAUGAUGGAAAAGAGUAUGUCACACCACAACAGCUCUUGACAGAAUUAAAAGAUGAACUGGAGGUGCAUGGAGGUCGGGUCAGUUUGGUUGACCUGGCCGAGAUACUAAAUGUUGAUCUCAGCCACAUUACACAAAAAGCUGCUCAGCUGCAGUCGAAGAGUCGUAAUAUAACAGUAGUUCUUGGUCAGCUUAUUAAUGGAACAUAUAUCACUCAGCUAGCUGAAGAAAUCAACGAUUUGCUUGUUCAGCGAGGAUUUGUCUCAACAAAUAGCCUAACACAACAGUAUGACUUGCCAAAUGAGUUUCUUCAGAAGGUGGUGCAGGAAAAUCUUGGGAAGAUUAUUCGUGCCAAGCAAGACCCUCGAGACCCUAAUGUGUUCUUCACUGAGGCCUUUGUUGCCAGGAACAUGGCCACUAUUCGUGGUGCUAUCAUUGGAAUAAUGAAACCCACAGCUGUGAGCACAUUACUGAACCUGUGCGGAGUGCAAGACCGACUGUUUUACUCUCUGUUUGAGGAACUUGCAAAAGCAAAGCAAGUGCCAGGAACAUUAUCGGGCAAACAAGUCUCCAAUAGUAUGUAUGUGCCCUCAGUGUACUCAAAAUCCCAAAGUGAUUGGGUUGACCAAUUCUACAGACAAAAUGGGUUCCUAGAAUAUGAUGCCAUGUCGCGGGUUGGUAUAUCUGAUGGACAGGCAUAUGUCAAAAAGCACUUGGCAGGUGAGAAUCUUUUAUUUCUUGACAGUGCUGCUAUUGGGCCAUCCGUUUUAGAGCAAAUUAAAGGUGCGAUUGAAGAGGCUGUCAGCACCGGAACAUGGGUUGAUAUAUUGCCUACUUUACCAUCUGCUCUGGAUACCACAUGUGCUGAGCAAAUCUUAGUAGAAGUGCUCAAAACGGUUAAAACACCUGGCGGUAGUGUGCCGUCUGUGAAAGUCUUCAAUAGCACUGUUGUAGUAACUGAGAGUUUUCUUAACAAACUGGUGGUUCCUCUCAAGGACAUUGUGCAACAAAAAGCAGAAAAAUGUGUAUCUUCUGGAGCCUUCCAACAAUGGCAAAUUGAUCGAAACCAAACCCCAGAGGAUAAUAAGAAAGACGACAUAAAAGAAGAUAAGGUUGACAAGCGGGAUGAGAGAAGGAAGAAGGCUGCAGGAGGUAAAGUUGGAGGCGGGACUCAGGGCCGUGAAACAAAGACCAAAUCAACUAAGAAGAAGGGUGGUCGUGGUGGGCGUGGAGGUGGAGAUUCUGAUGAUGAAGCUCCAGUGAUUUCUAGCCGCAAGCCCACCAACCUAGAAAUUAUAACCAUUCAUGAUAUCAUCAGUGUGAUUUCAAAGGAAGAGAGUUUUCGUGGCUUGGAUGAAGAUGACAAGGUGUCUUUGUUAGAAGAGAUUGCCAAACAUUUGCACCUGUCCGUAAACAAAACAGCCCUUGACGUGGCUCAAGCUGUGUUGGAUAGCACUAUGUCAAAUCAAGUUGGCACCCGCAGAAAGACACACCAUGACCUGCAGGAGAAGCUUAACAACCUCAUCACCAACAUCCGAUUGUUUGAAAGAGGUCUUAAAGGAUUUUCUACUGAUGUGGUGCCACCAGCCAAAGAAUCUGCUCAUGAUCAACUCUCCAAAUAUCUUCUAAAAACAUUUGGUACAGACAUUGCCAAUGAGAUAGUUGGCUUCAUUGCCCAGGAACGCAUGCUCCAGUGGGACUCCAGAAAAGAAAUGCUACAAGAGACUCGUCAAAAAGUAGCUCAGGAAUCUGGAGGAUCUGAAAAAGAAGCUAUUCAAAAACUAAACAAAUCUUUAACUGGUUCAUCACUUGAUGACUUUUUCACCGCAUUGGACUAUGCUCUUGGCCCUGAAGUUUGUGAUGUUGUUGUUCGCAAGCCGGACAAGAAAAAAGAAAGAGUUAUGGUGUUUGGGCACCGGCAAGCUUUGCUUGAGCAAAUGAAUACAUCCCAAGAACCAGCUCAAGUAUUGCACAUCGCUGCAUUAAUUCUGUGUCAAGGUGUAACGCAAAACAUGUUACAUGCAUCUGGUCGUUAUGUCAACAUUCUGCUAGCUUUCCUUCAGCCUCAUUUGCCAGUGCCUACCUUCAAAACCUUACAAGAAUAUUAUGAUCUUGUUUUGAAACUUCUGUCAACAGAUGAUUCUGAUGAAAGUGCAAAAGAAACUGUUACAUUCCAGCUACAAGAAAAGAUGUCUGUUAUUAAAGAGAUAGCGAAUUCAUUUAAAAAGGUGGGGGAAAAUAAGGAAUAAUCUUGGCCAACUCAUUAAGUGGAGACAUUUGUGCUUUUAUACUUAAUUCUGUUAUGGUAAUUCAAACUAAAAUCAACAACAGUUGAUGGUUUUUCCCCCCUGUUUCUCAAGUGAAACAGACUGCCAAUAUUGUGUAAACUUGUGGCUGUUAUUUUUCACCUUUGUUUUAUUGUUAUAAGUUCUGGUAAAAAAAUCCUGUUAAACCUUGGGAAUGUUUUCUUUAAAAAAAAAAAAAAAAAAAACUUACUAAGUAAUGUUUAA